UGUUAGCAUAGUGCAGCGCAUGGGCUCUAAGUUUUCUACGGAUCACCAGAGCUCUUACCUAAGGUUAGGCGUGUCCUCCAGCAAUGUCAGGUCGCCGCCCCCUGUAGCCCCGCCCAUAGUUGUCAUGGCUCUUCGGUUACCCGUAUCAUUCCUCCUCUUGUCACCACUGCGUAGAGCGGCGUGGAGCGGAGUCUGUUGUAGAGCCAUGUCCAUCAAGGUUGGAGAUCCUCUUCCAGACGUGCAGGUCUUUGAUGGAGGUCCCGGAAACAAGACCAGCAUCAAGGAGGUGUUUGGGAACAAGAAGGGUGUGCUCUUUGGCGUUCCAGGGGCUUUUACCCCAGGAUGCUCUAAGACGCAUUUGCCUGGAUACGUGUCUCAAGCCGACGAUCUGAAAUCCCGUGGGGUGGAAGUCCUUGCUUGCAUCUCUGUCAAUGAUGCCUUUGUCGUGAGUGAAUGGGGAAAAGUUCAUGGAGCUGAUGGGAAGGUCCGGAUGUUAGCUGACCCAUGUGGAGACUUUGCCAAGGCUGCUGGAUUAGUGCUGGACAAGAAGGAGCUAGAAGAUCUCUUUGGAAAUAAGCGUUGCAAAAGGUUUUCUCUUAUUGUUGAAGGUGGAAAGGUGAAAGCCGUUAAUGUAGAAGAAGAUGGGACUGGUCUGACAUGCAGUCUGGCUGGGAAUAUAACAUCUCAGUUGUAAGGUUACACAUGGGGUUACUUAUCUUCAGCUACUUGGGAUAAUACUGAGUAGCAUUCUAGAAUUAUCAGUGUCUUUAUCAUUGGUGUAACAGGCCAUAAUACAUAAUAAAGACAAUACUUCUACCUAAAA